CAGUUAGCCACUUUACCAACCAAAACCAAAAUAAACAAAAAUGUAAACAAGGGAAAGGGAAUCAAAAUUUUUACUAGCUUUUAAAAUGUAAAAAAGUGUUCAUAAAUCGGCCACUAUGUCCAAGAUAAGUGUAUCAGAGUUAUGCCUUUAUUUUGUCUGUUGGAUUUCUGCAAAUUUUUACUCUCUCUACAAAUUGUAUGAAGCUCAAACCGACGUUCUUUAUAACAACACCAUAACUGAGACAAAGCCGGGUUGGCGAUUCGUAGGAAGACCUGUUGAUAUAUCCGAUGUUGAAUGGAAUACAUGGAAAUUUCACAUGGGGGGCUCUUGGUUCUACCUCACACUACAAUUCAUAAUAUCUGAGACAAUUCGAAAAGUGCAACCAUCCAUGCUACCUCAUUGGUAUCUUACAUCCAGUUUGUUAUACAAUUUUGUGAAAAUGGACAUAAAACAAUACUUGUUUCUGUUUGUCUCUCCUGUGGUAUACUCUAUUGUAACGUUUUCUGGAGGUAAAAGAUUAAGUUUAUGGAUAACCAGUGUCCUGGUACUUUUAAUUUACAAUUCUCUGAAAUAUACAGCUUAUGUCUGGUCUCUGUUUGAACAUGAUAAUUUGGUGGAUGAAGAGAUAUAUCUAGUGCUAUUUACAAGUGGCUGGAUACAGCUUAGAUGCACAAGCUUUUGCUUAGAUUAUGUAGAAAAAAAGGAAAAACUAUCAGCAGUUUCUGAAAAAUGUAUAGAGCAUCAAGAAUCUGUGAGUGAAAGCUUACUGAAAAUGCUGACUUAUGUGUUUUAUUUACCCAUGUUGCACUCAGGACCACUACUUGACUAUAAUGAGUUUGAGAAAAGUUUCACAAGGAGAAAUACUAGUUUGACUUCAAGGAUAAACAGAUUUACAAUUGAUAUUAUGUUGUAUCUUAUUUAUACAUUCUUGUUGGAGUGGUCUUUACACUAUAUUCAUUUCUUAGCUAUGCAAGAAAAUAUUGAGUUAUUAAGAAAAUUGCCCCCAAUUGCUUUAAGUGGGGGUGGCCUGUGGAUGGGUUUGGAAUUCCAUGUGAAGUAUGUAAUAAUUUAUGGUGUCGCCAGUGCUUUUACUGCUCUAGACAACAUAGAGACUCCUCCCAACCCUCGGUGCAUCGCCAGGAUACAUGUGUACUCCCAGAUGUGGAGGUACUUUGAUGUUGGCCUCUACAGAUUCCUUAUCAAGUUUAUUUAUUUACCAUGUUUAACAGAGCUUUCAAAAUAUGGUGCAAGAAUUUCAAAAACUAUCCAAAAAUUGUUAGCAUCACUAGCAACAUUCCUCUUUAUUUUCCUGUGGCACGGCACAACUUGGGCCAUAUUCAUAUGGAUGACACUGAAUUAUUUUGGCAUAACAGUGGAAAGUUAUGCCAAGGAAGUUGCAAAGUCAGAUGGGUACAACAAAUUCAAGAAAACCAUUCUGAAGACAGCUGGUAUGGAAACUAGAUUCACUGCACUUUUAUGCACACCAUUGCUUUGUUUGUCAGCAAUGUCCAGUUUUUAUUUGUUUGCUGGCUACAAUGUCGGCAAUUUAUUUUUUGAAUGCUUUAGACCACAUUUAACAUGGAAUUCCUUGUACAUUAUGACUGCUUUGUAUUCUUGUUGCCAUGUCUCCAUGGCGCUUCAAAAUGUGCCAUCAAGAACAGCUGUAAAAACCUUUAAUUAGCACCCAUUUUUUAAAUUAAUAAGUUACAUAUCUGUGUUGCUUUUAUACUUACA